AUGUUUCUUCGCACCGUCUCUCGCGCUGUCCCUCGCAGCACCGCGGCCAUCCGUGCCCCUGCUGUGAACGCCCUGCAGACCCGCGCUGCUUCGGACCAUGCUAUCCCCAACCCUACCCUCGCCAACAUCGAGAAGCGCUGGGAGGUCAUGCCCCCUCAGGAGCAGGCCGAGCUCUGGAUGCAGCUCCGUGACCGCAUGAAGGUCGACUGGCACCAGAUGACCCUGCAGGAGAAGAAGGCCGCUUACUACAUUGCCUUCGGCGCCCACGGCCCCCGCGCCCAGGCCCCCAAGGGUGAGGGCUGGCGCGUGCUUUCCAAGGUGCUUCAGCUCACUGCCGUUUCCGUUGCCGUCUUCUACGGCAUCCACUCCUUUGCCGGCAAGCAGCCCGCCACUAUGUCCAAGGAGUGGCAGGAGGCCUCCAACGAAUAUGCUCUGAAAGAGAAGAUCAACCCCAUCCACGGAAUCAGCAAAGAGGGUUACGAAGGCAAGGGCUUCGUCCAGAGCCCUCCUCUUGAGAAGUCAUAG